AUGAUCAUGAUCAUCCUCUACCUGUUCUUAGCCACCACAAAAGGUAUCCUCACCAUCGGUAUCCGUUUGCUCUGGGUGAACCUGUACAAGAUCCGCAGAGCUGCAACGCAACCUCAGGGUCUUUUGGCUGCCACCAUGCUGCUGAUGCUCAGUCUCGCAGGCAUGUGCUACUCGCUGACCAUGUCUGUCGCUCCUGACUACUCGAUGUUUGGAAGCCAGCAAUAUUGUAACCAUACAAUCCCAAUUGGAGCUGGUGUACGAGACUGCAGCGACUACGCUGCCCUAAUCAUUCCUUGUCAUGUGGGAGCGCCUGAGGGCCUCUGCACCCCUACCGUAACCUCAGCCAUCAUUUUGAAGAUUAUCUUGGGCACACCAGUCCUCGGCAUCGCCUUUUAUUACGCACAGUGGCUCUUCCUCUUGACAUUUAUUGUUGCCUUGGUCUUCAACCUG